AUGGAUUCUUCUGAAACAAAUCCACAACAACUAAUUAAAACCGCCACUGGAUCACAACAAAUACCAAAACCAAAACCUUUCGGAGCUCGAGGAUUUCCGCCUGGUCCGCCAAUGAUUCCUGUACAUAUUCAGUGUACAGCUAUGGAAAGAGUGACAGAUUGGUUUAGACGUAAUGAAGAGUGGAAAAGAAAGGAGAUGACGAAUGCUGGAAAAUUCGAGUCAGAUGAUCUUCAUUCAGAAACACCACACGCUUGA